AUGCGCCGCCGCGCGCCGUCGCUCGCGCUCCUCGCCCUCCUCGCGACGGCGGUGAACCGAGUCGGCGCGUCCGAGGAAACUUUGGUCGCCGUGCCCCUGGUCGUAUCGGGCGCCGCGGGCCCCGACCCCGACCCCGUAUCGUGCGCCGCGGAGUUCUUCCCCGCCGACUUCGAUCGAGACGGGACCCUCGCGCCGUGCUUCCGCGUCGCGGCGUUGAGGGACGACGACGUCAACGACGGCGCAGAGGAGGAGGCACAGCUGUGCUCCGCGUGCGUCGACGCGGUCGGCGACGUCCUGCUCCCCCGGAUGCUCGCGGCGCGGAUGGACCCGACGAUCGCGGACGCCGUCACCGCGUGCCUGUUCGCCGCGCUGCCCGCGGCGACGGACGCGGGUGUGCCCGUGUUCGCCGUGGUCGAUCGAUGCGACCUGCUGUCCCUCGGCGCGGCGGGCGCCCUCUCGCGAAACACGCCCGAGACGGAUACACCCACGGAACCGACAGCUUUUGAACCCACUGAACCGACUGAACUACCCGAACCGACGAGACCGAAGCCCGAACCGAGGCCGAGGGACCCGAGGUACCCCGACACCGGUCUCACCGCCGCCGCCGACGCCGCCGAGGCGAUCGACGGCGACGAGGAGAGGUCGAAGAAAGCGACUCCUGGAGCGACGAUGGCGGUGUUUGCCGCGGCCGCCGACGACGAGAAGGAGGAGCCGUCGUCGCCGUCGCCGCCGCCGAAGAGGCGGAGGGGACUGAGCGACGGGGCGAUCGUGUCCAUCGCGAUCGUGUGCGUGGCGGGGUCCGUGUUGCCGAUAUCGCUGCUGGUGGCUUGCUUGCACGCCAGGAGGAGGAAAAGGGAGGAGAAGCUGGUGCGGGAUCUGGAGGGGGCGGGUUAG